CUCGCAAUCAACGACGCGUCCCCUGGGCCCUGGGAAAGUGUAGAGCUGUCCGCUGGCCAGCUGCCUCCAGCACAUACCAUUUCAUUGUCGCAACCCAUCUCUGUUCGUCAACCCACGCCAAAUCGUCAUGGAUCCCCCACCGCAAGGCUCUUUGAGCUGGCGACUAAGUUCGCAUCCCAUCACUCUGCUCUGCUUUCUCGGCUUCCGCAUUGCAAGUCUCCUGGUCUACCUCUUCGGCCUCCUCUUCAUCAAAAACUACGUCCUCGUCUUCAUCGUCACCAUCGUCUUGCUCGCCAUGGAUUUCUACUAUCUCAAGAACAUUGCCGGUAGAAGAUUGGUCGGUCUCCGCUGGUGGAAUGAAGUCAACGCGCAAUCAGGAGAUGGGAACUGGGUCUUUGAGUCUGCGGAUCCAGAGUCUCGCCAGAUCAACGCUACCGACAAGAGGUUCUUUUGGCUGGCGUUGUACUCGCAACCCGUUAGUUGGGUGGCUUUGGGCUUUGUUGCCAUUUUCAAGUUUGAGUUUAUUUGGCUCAGUCUGGUUGUCAUUGCCAUCGUCCUCGCCGUCACGAAUACCCUCGCCUUUUCUCGCUGCGACAAGUUCAGCCAGGCUACCAACAUCGCAACCGGUGCCUUUUCUGCCAGCGGUAUGGCGAGCAAUCUCGGCGGUGCCGUGCUCGGUCGCUUCUUCAGAUGAGCUGGGUCCAUAUAUUCUUCUUCGUCUCUUGUUUGGUUGCUGCGCUCUUUCUUUGGAUGACUAUUCAUCAUCCGCAUAUCCCCCCCCCCC